UAUUUGAUUUUAAUUUGGUACCAUAGGUGUAAUAUAAUGUAUCUUGUUUCAGUUCUUGUUCCAGACAUAGAUAUAGAAUACAUAAUAAGAAGGAUUUGACUGGAACAGCUCAACCAAGAUGAUGCUUCAAAGGCAGAAACCUGCCCUUGGUCCUAAUUCAGGAAGCCAACAAAAGGACACAAAGAAGAAAAAACGCUUGCCAAAGCUUGAAGAUUUUUUACAGGCGCGAGAUUAUACAGGAGCAAUAACACUAUUAGAGUUUACAAGACAGGCCGGCAAAAACAGUGAAGACAUUGCUUUGUGGGUUGCAUACUGUGCAUUUCAUUUAGGUGAUUACAAAAAGGCUUUUGAGGAAUACCAAGUACUAUUGAAACAAGAGAAAUGCCAUCCUGAUGUUCAUCCUAAUGUCGCUUGCUGUUAUUUCAUGAUGGGAAUGUACACUGAAUCCCAAAGUAUUCUUGAUAAUGGAACAAAUUCAAAGCUUGCAAACAGAUUAGCAUUUCAUCUCUCACAUAAGUUUAAUGAUGAACAGAAGUUGAUGGGUUUUCACUCAAAGUUGCAAGAUGUAGUUGAGGACCAGCUAAGUCUUGCAUCUAUUCAUUACCUCCGAAGUCAUUUCCAAGAAGCCAUAGAUAUUUACAAAAGAAUACUGCUGGAUAAUAGGGAUUUUUUAGCAUUAAAUACUUAUGUGGCACUGUGUUACUACAAAUUGGAUUAUUUCGAUGUGUCGCAAGAAGUCUUGUCAGUAUAUCUGCAACAUUAUCCUGACAGUGCGAUCGCAAUUAAUCUGAAAGCAUGCAAUCAUUUUAAAUUGUAUAAUGGAAAAGCUGCUGAAGCAGAGCUCAAGUCCUUGCAAGAAAUGACAAGUCCUUCAUUUAAUUAUGCCAAAGAUUUAAUUAAGCACAAUUUAGUUGUGUUUCGAAACGGAGAAAGUGCCUUACAAAUAUUGCCACCACUUCUGGAUGCUCUUCCCGAAGCAAGACUAAAUUUGGUAGUGUACUAUCUACGUCAAGAUGACAUUGAAGAAGCGUAUAAUUUGAUCAAAGAUGUGGAACCAACAUCACCAAAUGAGUACAUUCUAAAAGGUGUGGUCAAUGCAACGUUGGGACAAGAAAAAGGAUCUAGAGAACAUCUGAAGGUUGCACAGCAAUAUUUUCAACUAGUUGGUGGAUCAGCCAGCGAAUGUGACACGAUACAUGGGCGUCAAUGCAUGGCGUCGUGUUUCUUUUUGUUGAAACAAUUCGAAGACGUGCUCAUUUACUUUAACUCCAUCAAAAGUUAUUUCUACAAUGAUGACUCUUUCAACUUCAACUACGGCCAAGCCAAAGCGUCUGCUGGAAACUAUAAAGAAGCAGAAGAGGUUUUCUUGCUUAUCCAAAGUGAAAAGAUCAAAAACGAAUACAUUUAUAUUAGUUGGUUAGCACGAUGCUACAUCAUGAAUCGAAAGGCUCGUCUCGCGUGGGAAUUUUAUUUAAAAAUGGAGACGUCGUCGGAAUCGUUCAGUUUACUUCAACUUAUCGCAAACGAUUGUUAUAAGAUGGGACAGUUUUACUACGCUGCAAAAGCAUUCGAUGUAUUGGAGAGGUUAGAUCCAAACCCCGAGUAUUGGGAAGGAAAGCGUGGUGCGUGUGUGGGCGUUUUUCAAAUGAUCAUAGCUGGUCAUGAACCAAGGGACACACUUCGCGAUGUGUUACAGCUUUUAAGAAACUCUGCCAACCCGCAAGUGGAGUACAUCAUUCGAACAAUGAAAAAAUGGGCGAAAGAAAAUCGAGUUCCCGUUGUAUAAAAAAAAACAUCGGCAAAAAUAUUUAAUAUUUAUUAAUAGUAUAGAGAGCUUUUCCGACGUAUCUUUUUACUUUUCAUGGGUGGAAUAUCCUGAGGAACACAAGCCUUAACAAACUAAAAAUAUUUUGCCAACAUUUUUUGAAAUUUGCCUCGUUUGAUGCUGAACGCCAGUUUUUUUGUGAUCUUUUAAUGGUUAACUGAGGUGACUUUCUAUAAUUCAAUACUUUUCAUACAUUUAAAAUAAACUGUCUAUAUCGUUGUUACUUUAAAUUUUUUAUGAUAAAAAUGUUAUGCGUGCAAAAAUUUCGACGUGACGUGAAAAUGGAGCAUCGGCCAAGCAAGUUAUCGAACUUUAAAUUGUGAUUUUUUAAUACACGUUUUUUUAUACAACACACAUUCAGGUUAAUAAACAUAGCCUGAAUGUUUGUUAACCUUUCAAGAGAUUUUCUCGAAAAUUCUACUUUUUUUAAAAAAGGACCUAAAAACGGCUAGGUUUUUAAGAGAAAAAAUCAGUCGAAAUGAAAUGAACAAAAUUACAGAACGUUCGUUCAAAAUAAAAUAUUUGAUUUUCCGUAAAUGUUGAAUUCUUUGGUAAUCUCUGCGAUGAAGAGUGUUUUUUUCCGUAAGAGAACGUAAUUAAAAAGUAAAAGCUUAAUAAUAUUUUAUUUUGAAUUUCCUUUUAAAUAUUUAGGACGCUUUGUUUUGCUUUUCAUGUUCACGGAGAAAAUUUUUUUAGAUUGUAUAUAGAAGUCUGUGUAUAGUAUGGUAAACGAGCUUAAAAUUGGUAGCAAUUAUGCUGAACACAAGCAAAGUUUAGAAGUGUAAGCGAUCAAGACAAAUAAAAAUAUGUCAAGAUAUUUGGUGAGGCGAUUUAUACAGUUCCAACCGAAAAUACCGCUUAUCUGCAAUGGUAGAAUGGGACCUAAAUAUAGAACCUAUCACCUUGGAAAUCAUAUCUUGUAUCUAAAAAAAAAUCCGAAGAAGCACUAUCGCGAAAAUCCGUUUACGCUUGUAAAAAACAGAUCGAUCCUUAAUACAACCAGCAUCCAGCCGUAUAGUAACGUUACAACCAAUUCGCAUUCACCCAGUGAUGGUGCAAUAUCAAAGAUUCCGUUAGAUGAAUCAAAGCAAAAAGAAUACAGACCUCCUGGAACACAUUUAGAAAAUGGUGCGAUAAAAGACAGACCAGAAAUUAAUAGACUCGGACGAUUGCAGGCUUUCGUGCUCGUUGUUGCGUUUAUAUAUGUUGGCGGUCUGUUGUCUAGUUUAGGCGCACGCGCGUUGCAUGAGUACGAAAUUUUCACGCUACCAGAUGAUGACGGUGAAUUCUAGUCAAUUUUGUUUUAUUUAUUUAUUAGCAUGAAUUAUGUAAACUUCAAAUUAUAUAUAUGUUAAAUCUUUGAAAAAUAUUCCAAUGUUCCGUUA